AUACAGAACUUCAUCGCCACGUUUCUCCAGAUCAACCGUGGCUCGCGUCUGCAGAAGUUCAAGAUAACGUACAACGGGCGAGAUGUUUGUCACCAUGGGAGCAGUGAGUUCAUCGCCGGAGUGAUUAACCGUGGAGUUCAACAACUAGACGUUGGCAGUAGCACACUCAAGCGUCCUCUCACCAACGAUCUCGUACCUGUUAACAUUUACAAGAGCAACACUUUGGUUUCUCUCAAGCUUGCAAACGUGGGAAUGCAGAAUCCUCCUGAGUUUGGUGUUUCUCUGCCUUGUCUCAAGACCGUGCAUCUCGAAGACAUUACCACCAAGGAUCCUUUGAUCGUAGAGAAGCUCAUCUCAGGCUGUCCUGUCCUUGAAGAUCUGACGGUUUUUAGGGCUUUUGAUGACAAUGUACCGGUUCUGCGUGUGAGAUCUCUCAGUCUGAAGAGGUUUUGUGUGAAAUUUAGUCGUGCCAGAACAAUUCAUGGUAAAGAGUAUGCUGUUGAGGUUGAU